UCUCAGCGACGUCGUAAAGAACUGAGGAUGAGCAGAGCGGGGCUGCGGGUUGUGCUCCCCGCCAACAUCACCAGGGGUCCAUCUCCAACCCCCGUCUUGGGGGAGACUGCCAGACACCGCUUACAGGUUCCCGGUGGGGGCGAGAACAACUCAGCUGCAGGCAGCACUGCGGGGGGCGGCGGGGGAACAUGGACUGGUGGGGGGGCUGAGGGGGACUGUGCCCCCUGUGGACUGUGGGGGGAAGAAGACUCAGACCUGAUCAGGUCGUGUGGACUGUUGUCCUCAGCGCUGGGGCUGCACAAGAGCUUCAGCGAGUCUGACAUAUCCUGCGCCAACGGCGACGCUCUGCGACCCUGGGCCUCCGAGGUGAACAUGUCCAGCAUGGGGGGCCGCGUGGAGGGGGUGUUCGCCCCCCGUCUGGAUGCCGCGUCGCGCUCGUGCUCGACGUGGGUGGCGGUGGGCGACGUGGCGUCCACGUCCCAGCUGCCGUCGCCCCAGGCCCGCCCCGCCGCCCUCGACGCCACACCCGUCAUCACCGCCGCCGACUUCAUCAGAUCCGUCAAUAAGAAAGUUCGCCAGAACUAUAUCAGACGGCGUCUGGUGAGCACCUACCGCGCCCUGCAGAGGUUCUCGCAGUCGUCGCUCCUGCUGCGCACCGACGGCGCCAGUGGCGUCAUGGUCGAGGCUGGAGGGAUAACACUGGUGGUUCCUGGCCACUCCUACCAGACCCCGCAGGAUAUCUUCAAGAUAAUUAAGAAGGAGGUGGAGCUGGCGUCCCCCUUCGCCCCCACCCUGCCCCCCGCCGCUGCCCCCUCCCUCGCCACGACUUCGGGCGCUAAGGGGGGCAGCGGGGGGGCGCUCACGGCGCAGGAUAUAGAGCGUGACCGUGGGCGGCAACUGAGCAAAUAUGAGCGAAAUAUCAUGAUAUUUAACUGGCUGCAGACCCUAGAUGAGACCACCUACGACAUGAUGGCGUAGGCUGCAGACCCUAGAUGAGACCACCUACGACAUGAUGGCGUAGGCUGCAGACCUUGGAGACCACUUACGACAUGAUGGCGUAGGCUGCAAACCUUGGAGACCACUUACGACAUGAUGGCGUAGCAGCUACCUCACGAUGUGAUGACAUCCAAAUCAUCGUUACGACAUGAGAGUCUAAGUAGUUCUGCUAACGACGGUUCGCACGCCACGACGUGCGAGUGUCAUGCGUCGUGUCGCCACGACGCACGACACACGACACGACAUACGACGCACGACACACGUGGAGACACGUCGUUUACACGACGUGUCUCCACGACUUCUUCUUGAGCAGCGUCGUGUACAGCAACGACCAAACCUCGUCUCUAAAUCUGGGAAAGACAUGAACCGGAAUGAACCGGAAUUCAUUCAGCCUAAUUGUUCUAAUUCAGCGCGGGAUGAUACCCGCUUAAUGUUUACGGUGUUUAUUCGAAAAGUUUCUGUCUAAUUGAUGGAUAAAUUUACAAGGUGAGCCUUUCCAUUGAAAGUAAUCACGAAGAAAUUAUUCUUGAUUUCUCUUAUCAGUAAUCAAAGCUUCUUUUCAAAUUAGAAUUGGUCUAACAUUUGAGGAACUCAGUAAUCGAGUUUUGCAAACUUCGAUCCGCGCUUUUUUAGCGCAUUUCCUCAUUUAUGGAAAAAAGGCGCAAUUUUUUAUGGAUUGGCUGCAGGGUUGCAGUUUUUAUCGUGAAAUGAGAGGCUAAGUUCGUGUAAAUAUCACGAAACUUUCAUUUCGUACUUUUUGAUAUUGUAUAUAUAUGAAGUGGUACAUACCUAACAUAAUAGUGAAUAAGCGCUUUAAUUGUUAUUAUAUACUUAACUAUGUUUUGGCAAUUUGAAGGCAGUUAAAAUAACCGCCUGAGGGCAAGUGCAAAGCAGCCUGAGGUGUUGAAAUUUUUUUGCUGCAUAAAUAUGGCAGCCGACAUCACACUAUCUUUGUCCAAAUAGCGAUAUAUUUUUGCCAAUGUGUGGGUUAUCCUGACCCAGUUUGGUUCUCUAAAAUAUCGUAAAUGUUCUACGCGCAAGUGUGUCACUAUUUGGACAAGGUGACCCAUUCAUUAUGCUGAGUGUCUCGUACUUUGAUGCACUACACUCACUGAUCGUUCACACGCUUGUCGCAGCUCACAUGUAUAUAUACAGCCUUUGGUGUACAUAUAAUUGUUCAAUGGUUGGAACUAUGUUAUUAAUAAUACAACUUAAUUAGGCUGCAAUAUAUAUAUUAUCUUGCACUUACAAGGAACCUACUCUAAACUGUAAGCAACCGACGUCCUAAUUUUUCGUUUCAAUCUUAUCAUCCUUCUCGCUAUCUUUCCUUCUAUUUAAUUCGGUCUUCGUAUCCUUCUUGUUAUCUUUCUUUCUAUUACAUUCAAGCUUCUAUCCUGGCAGACCCCUAAUAGCGGCUUUAAUAAACCCUAUCAACAGAUGGGGUUCAAAUGAACCCUUGUAAUUGUAAAGGCGGCGGCCAACACCCUUUUGUAUAAUUGACCGCGAAUAUGUUUCCCCUUAUAUUAAAAUAACAUCGAUAAUUUACCUCUCACUAAGAUGGUCACAAUAAACCUUCUCACUCGGGAGUGAGAGCGAAUACCUUUAGUUUGCAUUAAUGUCUGAUAACUCCCAUCAAAAGGGAUGCUUGCGUUAAACAGCAACUUCAUGGAAGUGAUUGUGAUAAGCCCCUUUUUGAAGAGGAUUGAGAUGAACCCCUCCUGGGAAGGGAUUGUGAUGAACCUCUUAUCAGAUGGGACUGUGGUGAGCCCUUCCAAGGAGGGGAGUGCGAUGAACCCCUUCAAGGAGGGGAUUGAGAUGAACCCCUUCUAGGUGGGAAUAAGGAUGAAGCCCUUCUAGGAGGGGAUUGAGAUGAACCCCUUCUAGGUGGGAAUAAGGAUGAAGCCCUUCUAGGAGGGGAUUUAGAUGAACCCCUUCUAGGUGGGGAUUGAGAUGAACCCCUGCUAGGAGGGGAUCGAGAUGAACCCCUUCUAGGUGGGAAUUAAAAUGAACCCCUUCAAGUAAUAGAUUAAAAUAAACUCCUUCCAGGAGAGGAUGGAGAUGAACCCUUUCUAGGAUUAGAUUAAGAUGAACCCCUUCUAGGAGGGGAUUAAGAUGAACCCCUGUUAUGUAGAUGAUGCGCAAAACCUUACAUGUACGCGUUAACCCUUUUUUUACCUGAUGACAGCGGCCAACUCCAUGUGAUUGCGAUUAACCCUGUGUCAGAGAGUAUAGCGAUUGCUCUACGUGCACGUAUAAAAUGGUUCUGCAACGAUGUAUAUACACAAAUUAUAUUAUACGUUUUUUUUCAUUUAUGUGAUUUCAGUUUCGUUUGUCCUACGGAGAUUAUGGAAAAUGUAUUCAAGUUAUUAUGGCUAUUUAUACGAUACAUGAUAUUGAAACGUAUCAUAAUUAUGGUUAUUUUUGGUGUAAUAUAAAUAUCAUAAUUUGUUUAUGUAAGUGCUGAACUUACUAAGUCCAAGCCUUGCGUUAGAAAUGCGCCUGCAAUCAGCCACGCAUGCUGCCUGUUCAACGACUAACCACGCGUGCUGUUUGUUCAGCGAUCUGGAUCUUUUUGUCCGUUCUGAUCAAUUGACCAUAGCAUAAAAUCAAGUCCUAGUUGUCGUCUAUUCACUAACUACUCAUUAUUUACGUGAAUUUUUUAUGGUUGUAGCUUGGUUGCGGUUGUUAACGGUGUACUCAUGCUCAUGCACCAUCGUGCAUGUUAAGUUUGUACAUUUUGUUUUCAUGUGCUAGAAAUACGAAGGAUGUAUGUAACAUUCAAUAUCUUAUGCCUGUGGUUUGAUGAUGUACUAAAUUGUGAAACCUUUUUAUUACUUAUCUAAAAUGUAUGAUAGUAAUUGGACAGUGUGUUUAUAUGUUCAUAAUACUUUCAAGAACCAUGCGUUAUAAAAGCUUAUCAUGCGUUCGUUUUAAUAAUAGAUUCAGCCUUAAAGUUUCAUUAUUUCCUAAUUGCGAAAGUUAUUCAGUAAUUUAUUUAAACUUUUGAGUAAACGUUUCAUUUUAUGUU